AUAUAUUAUUUGAAUACUUCGGAGGAAAUAGCCCAUCCCCGCACGCGUUCCUGUGUAAAAUUAGGGUUUCUGGCUCCUUUUCCAUUCUAUCAAAAUUCCUUGACGACGUCCGCUUCCAUCUCACCAGAUCAGGAUUUGCUUCCUGAAUUAUGCGAACAUCAUGGGCUGAUGCAGUUGCGAACGCCGAAAGCUCGGCGGCCGUGACUAGUGCCUCCCCUAGCAACGUUGCCAUCGGUGGUGCUUCGCCCUCGCGUGGUGGUCGCGCUGCCUACGUUCCUCCUCAUCUUCGCAACCGUCAGCAGUCUUCUGAGUCCUCUGCCGCCUCAUCAGCACCGGCGCCAUCUAUUGCUGACAGUCCUUCAGGCAUCAGGAAACCAGCUUUCUUUGUUGCCUCAGAUGCUGGUGGAAGCCGCCGGAGUAGUGGCCCUAUUCGUGACUCGGUUCGCCCUAGCUCUAGUGGCGCGAGAGGUGGAAGUGGCGGCUGGAACUCGAGAGGUGCUGGGUGGGACCGCAGGGAGCGUGAGGCAAACCCUUUUGCAGACGAUGAUGAUGAUGCCGCUGAGGCUGCGUUCAAUAGCCAGGAGAAUUCAGGGAUCAAUUUUGAUGCUUAUGAAGACAUCCCAGUUGAGACCAGCGGUGAGAAUGUGCCCCCGCCAGUGAACACGUUUGCUGAAAUUGAUUUGGGAGAUGCACUUACUGAGAACAUCAGGCGAUGCAAGUAUGUGAAGCCAACCCCAGUCCAACGCCAUGCAAUACCUAUUUCGCUUGCAGGACGGGACCUCAUGGCCUGCGCUCAGACAGGAUCAGGAAAGACAGUGGCCUUCUGCUUUCCUAUCAUUAGUGCAAUCCUGAGGGGAACCCCAGCACCAAGGCAAAGAGGAUCAAGAACUGCUUUCCCGCUGGCUUUGAUUUUGUCCCCUACCCGUGAGCUAUCUGUUCAAAUACAUGAGGAGGCCAGGAAAUUUGCUUUCCAGACUGGUUUAAGGGUAGUCGUUGCCUAUGGUGGAGCUCCUAUCAAUCAACAGUUGCGAGACUUAGAAAGGGGCGUUGACAUUCUUGUGGCAACUCCUGGACGCCUGGUAGAUUUGUUGGAGAGAGCCAGGGUUUCACUCCAACAUAUUAGAUAUUUGGCCCUAGAUGAGGCUGAUCGGAUGCUGGAUAUGGGUUUUGAGCCACAAAUUCGAAAAAUUGUUGAGCAGACAGACAUGCCUCCACGAGGUCAAAGGCAAACUAUGUUAUUUAGUGCCACAUUCCCAAAGGAGAUACAGAGAAUGGCUUCUGAUUUCCUUUAUAACUAUAUCUUCCUUGCGGUUGGAAGAGUUGGUUCGAGUACCGAUUUGAUUGUUCAAAGAGUGGAAUUUGUACUUGAUUCGGACAAAAGAAGCUACCUGAUGGAUCUUCUUCAUGCCCAAAGAGAUACUGGUGCCCAUGGAAAACAUGCUCUAACAUUGGUUUUUGUGGAAACAAAAAGAGGAGCUGAUUCAUUAGAACACUGGUUGUGUAUGAAUGGAUUUCCAGCAACCACAAUUCAUGGAGAUAGGACUCAGCAGGAGAGAGAAGCAGCUUUGCGAUCUUUCAAGAGUGGUGCUACGCCUAUUCUUGUCGCAACUGAUGUUGCAGCACGCGGGUUGGACAUUCCCCACGUAGCACAUGUUAUUAAUUUUGACCUCCCCAACGAUAUUGAUGACUAUGUGCACCGUAUUGGAAGGACAGGUAGGGCCGGGAAGUCAGGCCUUGCUACAGCAUUCUUCAAUGAUAGUAAUGCAUCCUUGGCAAGGUCUUUAUCUGAGUUGAUGCAAGAAUCAAACCAAGAGGUGCCUAAAUGGCUCUCUCAGUACGCAGCAGCUCGUUCUUACGGCAGUGGCAGUGGUAGAAGCCGGAGAACUGGUGGAGGUCGCUUCGGCGGUCGUGACUUUAGGAGAGAUUCCUCAUACAAUCGAGGUGGUGGGGAUUAUUACAGUGGAGGUAAUGGAUACGGAGGUGGUUCUUCUGGGGCACCCUCAGGAUAUGGAGGCGGCUACAGUGGUGCAGGAGUUAUAAGUGCUUGGGACUAACUAGCAUUUCCCAUAGGUUAACUUCCUUCUCUUCUCUAGGAAUAUAAUUUUUCUUUUCAGAUUUUGUUGGAUCUAUUUAGGAGUAAUUUUAGUGGCUGUGUUGUAUUUUUAUCUUUCAAAUUGGAUGGCUGGAAGACAUGGGUCCAAUUGAUGGUUCGGUGGAGAAUGGUUCUUGGCUGUUUCAUUAACAAAAACUUGACUUGGGCUUUUGAAUUUUCAGGAUCAUCCUGUGAGUUUGUAAAUUCUUAGAACCGUUAAUAAAUGCACAGUGAGAUAA